UAAAACUACUCUUAAAAAUCUCGGGUGAUAUACCAAUUGUCUUCACUGGUCCUGUUGCUUAACGUACACUUCAUUGCUACUGGUCUUGAUCAAUCAACACCUGAAUCUAUUCUUGUGUUUUUGCUAUGUAUAAUACUUAUGAAUGGAAGAGUUUUUACUCUUGGGCUCAAAGAAGAUGCCAACAUGUCUGGGUCCUGCAUUGAGAAGGAGCGGCAAGCGCUGUUGAUCCUUAAAAGCCACCUUGAUUUGUUUGGAUCUCUGGAUGAUUGGGGAAGCGAAGAAGACAAGACAGAUUGCUGUCAAUGGGUGGGCGUUCAUUGUAACGACGACACUGGGCAUGUGAUCAGACUUGAUCUUCAUGGUAGAGGGUUAAACGGAUCCGUGUCUCUUUCCCUUGGAGAUUUGACUUCUCUUACACAUUUAGACCUCUCUAGUAACAAUAUAACUGGAAAUUUGCCCAAUACUGUGUUUCAACUUUCAAAUCUUUUUUAUCUUAAUGUUAGUGACAACUCUUUGAACGGAAGCAUUCCCGAGUUGACAGGAUGUUCAUCCGUGUCAACCUUAGACCUCUCUAGUAAUAAUUUUACUGGAGAUUUGCCCAGCAGUGUGGCUCAGCUUUUAUAUCUUGAUUAUCUUGAUGUUAGUCACAAUUCUUUCAGCGGAAGCAUACCUGACUUCACUCGAAGUCCAUCCCUAUCGAUCUUGGACCUCUCAAGUAAUUGUUUUACUGGAGAUUUGCCCUACAAUGUGGGCCAACUUACACAUCUUUAUUAUCUUGAUAUCAGUCACAAUUUUGUAAACGGAAACAUUCCUGACUUCACGGGAUGUCCAUCGAUGUCAACCUUAGACCUGUCUCAUAAUAACCUAAGUGGACACUUUCCCAUCAGUGUCGGUCAUCUUUUAAAUAUUAGUUAUCUUGAUGUUUCAUCCAAUAAUAUUACUGGAGUUUUGCCCAGCAGUGUGGGUCAGCUUUUAUCUCUCGAUUAUCUUGAUGUUUCAUCCAACUCCCUUAAUGGUGUAAUCUCUGACCUUCAUUUUCAAAAUCUCACCCAGUUAACUUAUUUGGAUUUGUCUUUCAAUUCUUUUUCACUUGAUCAGUUGAGUGCCAUUCCUUCUCAAUUGGAGACAAUUAGAUUGCAAUCCUGCACUUUGGGGCGCAUUUUCCCUUCCUGGCUCAAAACUCAAAAAAGUUAUAGAUAUCUUGAUAUUUCAAGUGCCGGAAUAUCAGAUAACAUUCCUUCAUGGUUCUGGGAUCAGCUACCAUCUGGAUUGAGAUUUCUGAACAUCUCUUCAAAUGAUAUAAAAGGUGUGCUACCAGAUAUAGUGACAGACUUUGACGAGCAUCCUGGAAUGGAUUUGAGUGACAAUCAAUUUGAAGGUAGAGUACCACGGUUGCCUUCUAAACUCGCAGCAAUAAACCUUUCUGGAAACAAGCUCUCUGGAAACCUCUCUUUCUUGUGUAGAAUUGAUAAGGAAAUAAGUUUGAUCCAACUCUCGAACAAUGUAUUCACAGGGAGCCUUCCAGAUUGUUGGUCGAAUUUCCAAAAAAACCUAACAAUUCUUAAUCUAUCUGAUAAUAAUCUGUAUGGAAAAAUACCUUCUUCUUUCGGGAACUUAUCUCACCUCGAGGCAUUGUACUUGCGGAACAACAAAUUUGUUGGAGGUCUUCCAAUGUCCUUGAGUAACUGCAAAAAGCUAAGGUUUGUUGAUCUUGGGGAAAACAAUUUAUCUGGCAUGAUACCUACAUGGAUAGGGGAAAGACUACCGGAGUUAUAUGUUCUUGUUCUACGAUCCAAUCAAUUCUCGGGUACUGUACCUAGGCAAGUAUGUUGGUUGUAUAAUCUUCAACUUCUUGACCUUUCUAAGAACAAAUUCUCAGGCAACAUUCCUAGUUGUGUUGGUAACCUCACAGCUAUGGUGAUCACGAACCCGUUGGGAGAUAAUAUAGCCAACCAUCAUUAUUCAUCUUAUGCUGUGACUGUCUGUGGGUAUAAUAAUGCUAUGUAUGAUGUAGCUGGAAGAAAGUGUAAUGUGAAUAAUUUUAAGUGCACAAGUAGGUAUACAGUACGCCGGAAACUAACUACUAAAUCGAUUCAUAUCACAUAUCAGAGUCUUGAUAGAACUACAGCCUGCUUAGAAGCUAUUACAGAAGGUCUAUUCACUGACAUGGCAUUGGUUGCAUGGAAAGGAAAGGUUCACGAGUUUGGAAGAAUUAAUCUUGAGCUACUUAAGAGCAUUGAUCUUUCAAACAACAACUUUUCUGGAAUACUUCCCAAUAAUAUCACUAGUCUUGUUGAUUUGAAAUCUUUAAACUUGUCCAGCAAUAAACUUCACGGAGAAGUCCCAAUAGAUAUCGGGCAGUUAAAAUCUCUUGAUUUUCUCGACUUGUCACGAAAUGAACUUUCUGGAAGUAUUCCCUGGAGCUUGUCAUCCGUAAAUUCUUUAGGUGUUCUUAACCUCUCAAACAAUAACUUCUCAGGGAAAAUACCCGUUGGGAAUGGGGGUAAACUACAACAAUUCGAUUCUUCCUCCUACAGCGGUAACCCUCUACUCUACGGACCUCCACUUACGCAAGAAGGCAGGGUUGUACCUCGUCCGCCUGUCGAUGGAAAGGAAGAUGACGACGAAGAUGAAGAAGAAAGUCAAGUUUGGAAGUCGUAUUACAUGGGCAUGGGUGUUGGAUUUGGUGUUGGAUUUUGGGGAAUUUGCAGUGCUAUAUUUCUCAUUCGUGGAUGCAGACAUUUCUUGUUUGCAUCAUUGAGUCACGUCAAGGAUUGGAUAUACGUAACAACGGCUGUGUAUCUUCGGAAAUUUAAAAGGGGUUCACAUUGGUUGCGGCAAGCAUGGGAGAUUUCCCACACUGCGCAGUGACAACGUCGCAAACGGUGUGGGGUUGGCAUAAGAUCCAAAGUGAGGAAAGUUUACCACGAUUUUAAAAGUGGAAAAUCGUUUUACCUUUUGUCUUUUUAUGGGUUGUUUUCUGUAUAUUCGUUGAAUUGUUUAUAUAUGAGGUAUAAUGUGGUGUUAUGUAUAGGUGAAAGAUGGGUUACCAACAUAGUAGCGGAAUGUGGAAUGAGUGAGGUAAAGAUGAAGUGUUGGAAAGAAAUUGGUUAAGAGUGAGAGAUGAGAAAAAUGAAAGGUCCAAUGGUAGCCCCUUAGUUAACAACGUAUUACAUUCAUAUGCAAUUUAAUAGGGUUGUUUUAUUAUGAAUUGUUUUUAUUAUUUUGUUUGCAUGUGUUGGGGUUGCACUAGAUUGAUAAGGAAUUUUAUACCUUAUAAUUUAUGAGACUAUAGUGGAUCAAAUUA